GAGCUCACUUUCCUGAAGUGUUUCACAAUAGUAUCCCUAUACCUCCCCUUCAUUAGAAGCCCAAUAACAGUUUUCAUUACAACAAAAGACAAAAAAGUUUUUUUCUAAUACUGGAUUUUCCCAGUGACCGGUGGCAAUGAAUAUAAAUAUGCCCAAGAUCAGGGAUUCCUGCAUCUCAUUCUGCUCUCCAGCCCUCUGGCCCGCAACUAUUUUGAAAGAGCAAAGGGGGGAAAAAAGAGAAGGAAAUGAAUUAUCUUCGGGGAUACUCUCUCUUGGCAGCGGCAGCCCUGACAUUGCUCCUCGGGACCAAAGCUGUCCCCCUCCCAGAUUCCUCCGGGGAAGAGGAACUUGUUGAUGAUCCCUCGGACUCGCUUGCCAGAAGCCCCUUGCUGCCUGAUUGUGAAUCCCUGGCAUGGCUGCUGCACAGCAAAGCGGCCAAGCUGAAGGACGAGAUGUGUGAGAAGUUUACUGUGUGUGACAACAGUAUGGAGAUGCUUGCCCAAAACAAUCUGAACCUCCCCAAGAUCACAGAGGAAGAUGGAUGUCUACUCUCUGGAUUCAAUGAGGAAAAAUGCUUGAGAGGAAUCUCCAGUGGACUUUUUACAUUUCAGACAUACCUGGAAUAUGUACGAGAAACAUUUAUUAGUGAAAAGCAAAAAGUGGAAUCCAUAUGUUAUGGUACAAAGCAUCUGGCAAAUACUGUGAGGCAGAUGAUGAAAAAUCCUGAUGCAGUGAUCAUGCCAGACCCAGCUACCCAGAGCACGCUUUUUGCAAAACUGAAGUCAAAUAAAAAAUGGAUAGAGAAAAUCAGCACCCAUCUCAUCCUCCGAGACUUUACUUCAUUCAUGGAGAAAACUGUGAGGGCUGUUCGAUAUCUGAAAAACACCAGGAAUCUCAGUGUUUGAAUGUUUUAAUUCAGGCACGUUUCUUCAUCACAAAAUCUGUCAUGUGGCAGAUGACAGUGUUGUUCUAUUUUAAGAACCAGAAGUAAUCAGAAUAGUUUAUAUUUUAUUAAGAUUUCCUUUUACAAGUGUAUUUAUUGUUUUUUAAAAUAUUUAUUUUUUAAAAAAUAUUGCCUAUUUAUUUUUCCAGGAUUUAGAGAUAAUUUAAACAGAGCCUAGUUUAUUUCAAUAUUUACUUCCACUACCAGUAUUUAUUACCACUAUUUACAAUACAAACUGAUUUCACUUAAUAUUCAAGAAAAAAAAUUCACUUGAGACGGUUGUAUGUAGAAUGAAAAGACAGACUAAUUUAUGCUUUGAAAAUGUGUGUGAGAGUAUUUAACUUCUAUUUAUAUUUAAAGAAAAAUAAAAGCAGAUUAAAAAACAACUAGCUUGUAUGUAUUUAAAUAAAAGUAUGGAAUUCUGAUAUAUCCAAACUUCACCCCUAGAAUUAUUUAUAUUCUACAUUGCCUUCAUUCAGCAGCCAUUCUGGAAGAUUAUUAUUUUUUGGGUAACUAGAUCAAAGUUUCUAAAAACAGCUAUAUAAAGAGUCAAAUUAUUAAAAAGAAUGAUAAAAAUCAGCCUAACAGGAGUAAACUCUAAUUCAGUGGUUCUCAACCUGCGGUCCACGGGCCACAGGCAGCCCAAUAAGCACACACCUAUAGCCCAUGUGACAUCCUCAGGGCCACACAAAUAGUGUAUAUAUUGUGUAGAUGUGGCCAGCAUAACACAUAGAGAGCUGCAUAUGUGGCCCACAAAGGUAAUUAGGUUGAGAACCACUACUGUAAUCCCACAUUGUUAGACUAAAGCUGAAAACCAUUAACAAAAACACCUAUGGCAACUUGCCUCAAAUGAUCCACAUGCAGAUAUUAGAAAAAUAUAUCCCACUGCCAGCAAACAAUCUACAGCAGCACAUAUAAAGAAAACAGGAGUCUUGACCCUUGCCCUAAUGGAGGACAAACACAGUCCAGGGUAACAGAUCUGAUGGAGUCUUUUCUGGAGUCUACAUAAAACAUUCUAAUGAGUACUUCCAAAGCUAUACUUAAAACCUAUUGGGGCCAGGGGAAGAACGGACAGAUGGAAAUUUCUUGUGUCUUCAAGGUAAGGGACUGCCUCUUCCCAUGUUCUUAUAUUAUCUAACACAAAGCAUCUUAUAAUUUUAUUUAUUUUGUAAGUAAUAUAAAAAAUUUUCACUGUGUAAAAUGCUCAGAUACCAUAGUAACACCCUUAAUCUAAAACCUACAGGCUGAUUAUUAGAUUUAUAGCAGUCAUUCAAAAGAAUUUAUUGAACUUCAGCAAAGUCCCUUUCAACAGACCAAAUAUUUUACAGGAGAAAGUAUCUGGAUUUUUUCCAUGCACAGUGUUCAUCUGUAAUGAGUUGAUCAACAAUCUUUUUAUUUUUAUUGAUUUGACAUGGUAGAUGAGAAAAAAAGUCAGGGAAACAUGAUUUACCAUAUCAUUCUUAAUUCUACCUGAUUGUUCCCAGAUAAUGCCAUAUACAGAGCCCAAUCCUGCUCCCAUUAAAGUCAGUGCCAAAAUUCCCAUUGGGUUCAAGCAAGUCCACAUUUGAUUGCUAAAGGGAUCUAUACCACUGAAAAAAUAUUUAACAAAGCCUCUAUAUGCUGUACCAUAUAUAAAAAGGGAUCCAUUUGAUGUACGAAUAUUUUAUUUGCCAUUUGUACUUCCCAGUGUAAAGUAGGUAAUUUGGAGAGGGAAUGUGAGAGACUUUCCUUCCAGGUUCAGCUUUACAUGCAAUUUCAAGAUGACCAGCAAUGAGCCUGGAACAGAUGUCCCAUGUUUUCUUUCCUGCCUGAAGCCGGAAGGGACUUCCUGUGCAUAAAGUGCAAUUUUGUGACUGUACUGGAAGAAAAGAUUCUUGGACUGGAAGGUCAAGUGGAAGCGCUACGGAGAAUGAGAGAAGCUGAGGAGUUCCUAGACAGCCAGGUUUGAGUAACACCAGUACCCCAGAUUCAAGGACAGCCACCAAAAAGUCAGAGAGAGAGAGGAAGUCAGAGAAGAGGCUUGACAGUGUAUAACCACCAGAGGCAAGAGGUCACAGCAGCAUUCUGCAUGACAGGAAACAGACAAGGAUGAGCGGGCUGUGGCCACCAGAGAAAAGAGGGCCAAGAGGAAUUCCAGAGCUAGAAGUUUCCAAUCAAUGCCAGGUCCUCAGUAUGGAAACUGUGGAAGAUCUCUCUCAAAAUCCAACUGGCCUGAGAGACUGGAGGGAUGUUUGGGUCUCUCCUGUGGAUGGCAGCUCAGCCCAAACUAAAAAAAUCAAGCAGGCAGAAAAAGAGAUCUUCAACAGCCCCAGGAAAACAGAUGAUCCUUGUUGGGCAUUUAGUACUCAGAAGAAUCAAAAGCACAUUCUGCAAAGACAGGCAGACAACAGGACAGUGUUCCGUCUUUCUGGAGCCGUCAGUCUUGACUGGAUAGGCUUCUGAAGUCAAUGGGCAAGGAUCCAUUGGGGAGAGAGUUUAUAGUGGUGCUAAUGAUGCGCUGUCAUGGGAUAUCUCACAGAUAAGAGAGAACUUCAGGGAACUCAGAAGCAUGCUAAAGAAAAAUAUCCAAGCAAUCUUCUCAGAGAUCCUUCCUGUUCCAUAAGCAAAGGAACACAGAAAUUUCUGAAAGUGAACUGCUGGCUAGGUAAGUGGCAGAACGUGGAGGGUUUGGGUUUUGUAUAACAUUGGUCCAUCUUCUAUGAGGAGAGGGAGCUGUACAGUUUGGAUGACAUCCAUCUCACUGAAGGAGAACCGACCUCUUCAGGCUGGCUAGUAUAGUCAGGAGGGAUAAUAACAAAAGGGAAGAGUAAAAAGAGGAAAAACAUGAGCACUCAUUUAGCACAAAAUCGAGAUGUUAAGAGAACAAAAUUAAUCAAAGGACGAGAAAAGAAGAAAUUCUUUAAUUGCCUAUACAUCAAUGCUAGGGAACCUGGUUAACAAUCAAGAGGAGUUGGCAUUGCUCAUUUAUGAGCACAUAUUUGAUCCAGUUGAUUUUACUGCAACCUGAUGGGAUGAUUCACAUAGUUGGACUAUUAAAAUCAAUUGUUAUAACCUAGUUAUAAAGGAUCAAUUAGGUAAAAUGUCAAAAAAUGGCAUUACCUGUUUCUGAGUAGCUGACAACUCAGAAGAAAAUGAUUUUGAAUGCUUACAGAUCAAUGCCCUAACAGAAAGCACAAGAUGGGGUAUUAGUUACAGACCACCAAAUAACAUAUAACAAAUGGAAGAAAGGGGAAGUCAAUAGUAAUUAAUAUAAAACUGAAGCUAGGAAUUCUAUAAAAUUGGUAAGAGAAGCAAAGGGAUACACAGAGAUAUCUAUCACCAGCAGAGUUAAGGACAAUAAGGAAUUUUUUAAACUUACAUUAUGAACAAAGAAUCCUAACAACAGUACUGGUCAAUUCUACCAUUUGCAUCUUGGAAUGAUCAAUAAUAAUAAUGCAGAAAUGGUAGAAGUGUUCAGUAAAUAUUUCUGUUCUGUAUUGGGGAAAAAUCUGAUGUAGUUGUAUCGUAUGAAAAUGUUCUUUCCAUUCCACUAGCAUCUCAUAAGGAUGUUAAAGAGCAGCUACUAAAAUUAGACACUUAUAAAUCAGCAGGUUCAGAUAACUUGUAUCCAAGAGUUUUAAAACAGCUGGCUGAGAAGCAUGGAUUGUUAAUGUUAAUGAACAACAUUGUUAAUAUUGAUUUUCAAUAAGUCUUGGAACAGUGGAGAAAGAAAGCUAAUGUUGUACCAAUAUUUUAAAAGUAUAGACGGGAUGAGUUCGGUAAUUCUAGGCCUGUCAGUCUGACAUCAAUCCUGGGCAAAAUAUCGGAGCAGCUGAUAUGGGUCUUAAUCAAAAAUUAAAGGAGAGUAAUAUAAUUAAUGCCAAUCAAUAUGGGUUUAUGGAAAAUAGAUCCUUUCAAACUAACUUGAUUUUUUAUGAGAUUACAAGUUUGGUCAAUAAAGGUAAUAGCAUUGACAUAAUAUACUUAGACUUCUUGUAAGACAUUUGACUUGGUACUGAAUGACAUUUUGAUUAAAAAGCUAGAAUGAUAUAAAAUUAACAGCACACAUUAAAUGAAUUGAAAGUUAAUUAACUGAGAAGUCUCAAAAUGUCAUUGUAAAUGGGAAAUCAUCUUUGAGAGGGUGUUUCGCUUGGGGUUCUGGGAUUAGUUCUUGGCCCUACACUAUUUUGACAUUUUUAUCAAUGAACUGGAAGAAAACAUAAAAUCAAUUAUAAAGUUUGCAGAUGACACAAAAAUUCGGACUGGUAAAUAAUGAAGAAAACAGGUCACCCAAACAGAGAGAUCUGGAUUGCUUGGUAAACAAGGCACAAAUAAACAGUAUGUAUUUUAAUAAACAGCGACCAAGAUUUUGGUGUCAUAGUGGAUAAUCAGCUGGACAUGAACUCCCAGUACAAUGCUGUGGCCAGCAGGGCUAAUUCAAUCCUUGGAUGUAUAACAAAAUCUCAAAUCUCUACAUUUGACACUGGUGUAACCGCGGC